CUCGAUUGUAGGUUUGUGGGCUCUGCGAAACACCUGUUGGCAAACGUUAAUUACAUACGAGAUACAGUGUUAACAUGACCACUAAAUGUUCAGUUAGGGCACGAUGGGACAGGAAAGGGGGCUGCAGAAAAAUGUGGAAAUGCUUAAAAAUACAGAAGAGAUAAAGUGUUCUCGUCUAGGUGCAGACUCAGGCUGUAAAAUCGCUGUCGGUGAUUAUAGAGACGCAGUCAGCUAUCAUAAACAGAGAAGUGUCUUCCAACUAUUUGUUUUGACUGUAUGAACUUUGAAUACAAUUUAAUGUAUAUAUAUUUUUUUAAUUUUCCCUGAGAUGAUACAUGUCCACAUAAACCAGCUGCACAUGUAGGCUUAAAACAUAAGACUUAGAAAAUAUAACAUUUUUUAAACUCAGUUUGCAAUAAGAAACGUACACAAUGCUUGGAGUUGUAUUCAUAUUGCAGGAUUGACUUCAGAGACAGAGGGUGGGCUGGACAGGGCAGGUGAUCACAGUCUAAUCUAUAAUAAUACUGAUAAUAUCAGAAUGUAUUUGCAAGUUCAGAUUAUUAAUACAAAAUAUAAUUAAAGUAAAUGGUAACUAAAGUUGUUGCUACGAGUAACCGAUAUCUACAGGAACACAGAAAUAUCUGAGAAGAAGAUUAAGAACAGUUUUGGUUAUUUCACAUGAAAGAUUUCUGUCUGUGCCGGUUUCACUGAUUUGAAGUGGGCCGGGCUCCGUUACAAAAACUGAGCUAAUGCUGCUUUAUGCUGGCAUCACCAUUUGCAGUGUUAAACUUUUGAUAUUGAUAUUUUCCUCAAACCUUUGACAUUUGUUGCUCAUUUAGUCAUAUAUAUAUAUUUAAUGUUUGAUGGGGAAAAAACAGAUUUACAGCCAUGUUUUAAGAGGCUUUAUGAUUUCUCUUAUUGCAAUUAAGGGACAGAACUGUAAAAAAAAAAAACAGCCCCUGUAAUACACAGAGUACAGUAAUGUACAAUGUGUCUCAGUGUACAUAAAACAGGGAAAUGGAGAAGUUUAAUCUGUGCUCAGAGGAACCCUCGCAUUAAGAGCCAGUGUUCACAUGGUGGCCAUUUUCCAAACUUCAGUACAUCCAAAACGAAUAGAAAAAUGUAUCCUCUCUCCAAACUAUACUUUAAUAAUGUUAUGUUAUGAAACAUGAUUGAUUUGGGGGGUUAAAUCACUUUUCGUGUGAAAAAGCUGAUAUUUUUUUGCAAAUUGCAAAUCUCAAUUCCUCCAUAACCUAAUAAAGCGUCCCCAGAAGAAGAACCUCAUAAGACUACUGAGUGUCAUAACGGAAUUACAGGCUUAUCCAGUCAGAUGUGCUGAUAUUGCAUCACACGUCGCAGGUAUAUGGCUGUUUCAGAGACUCACUGUAUGUGUACGUGUGUGUGUGUGUGUGUUAAAGGCUGGCAUGUCUGAACACAGUUAAACUGAGGAGGAAACUGUAGAUUAUCAAAUUCCUCAUGUGUAGACCAGCUGUCCCUGUAUGUGUGUGUGUGUGUGUGUGUGUGUGUGUGUGUGUGUUCAGGUUUAGACAGAAGCUGUGGUUUGGCCCUCAGUGAGGGUCUCUGAGAAGUUGCUUAUGUGGCACCUCAGCUCCCCUUCAUUAUUUCCUGAUGUUUUCUCUCCUGUCCCUUUCUGUCUUUUGUUUUUCUCGUUUGGGAGUGAGUGUUGAAUCCCCAAAAACAAAGAUCCAGAGUCUGAUUUCUAACCUUAAAUGUGACUCAUAGAAAUAAUGAUUAAUUAAUAAUCAGUCGUGAAUAAAUAAAUAAAAAGAAAACACCACUUGAGACAACUUCUCUUAACAUCUCUCCACGUCCCCAUCUCUGCUUCAAGCCCUCCCACCUUCUCUCUUUUCCUGUCUUUAAUUACGGUGCCUCCGAUUGGCUGACACUUUCCGCAGGAUCUGACCAAUCAGGCAUCUUGUUGAGGUGGCCCUUGACCCCCUCAGGUGGUCCCUGUGUGUGUGUGUGUUUUUCUGUGUGAGUGUUAAUGAAUACUUGUUGGCGUGUGUGUUCGGUUUAAAACCGUGCCCGAUCCCUUCGUCAGGGCAGUCUGUCAGAAGUGCCGCAGGGACAGGGCGCACCAGGAACCUCUGCCAUACCCGCAAAAAAACACACACACCAACACACUUAGUGUUUGAGCCCAGGUGGACUGAGUCAUCCGGCCUGUGAGGCUUCAUUUGAGUCCACAUCUGGAUCCGACAAGACAGCCACGCCGAUAAGGUAACCACAGUGUGUUCGGUAUUUGCAGGAGAGGAGGAGGUGAAGUCAUGGCUGGAAGGAGGAGAACCAGUUUCUCCGGCGUGUUCGUCACAACUCUGCUGGCUGUGAUGCUGCUGCCUGCGUUCUUGUCUGCUGGACCGAUUGUGCAGAAGCCCAAAGGAGAUGCCUCAGCGGGAGAAAGUAUCCAGGAGAGAGCGGUUUCUGCAGAGUUACACAGGAGGCUGAUCCGCAACCGCAGGAACAUCAGCUGGUACCAACAGCACUCUGACUUCUGGGGAUGGUACAAGUACUUCACCGACAGCGGCAACGCGGAAGCAGUUCAGGAGAUGGACCGCAUCUACCUGGCCUACCUUCAGAACAAGAACCGUGCUGAGGGACGUCGCUCCUACAAGGCCUACUUGCGCCACCUGGGGGAAGUGUACAAGUCCUGUGCCGAUUCUGAUGACCCCAACUGUGUGGCUUCUGCCACCAGCAGGCCCAAACCUAAACCAGAGCCCCCCAAACCUGCACCAGUGAGAACCUGUGACCCCACGAAGGACCCCUAUUGCCUGUAUGCUGCUUUGGCCCAGGGAAAGAGCCCUUACCUGCCCUUGGUGCUCCCAGCUGCCACCCCUGCCCCAGCACCAAUGAAGGCCCCAGCUCCUCUUUACGUUCGCUCUGCUGCUCCAGCCAAGGACCCACAGUCAGGCUAUUACUACUACGCUCAAUCUGCAGUGCCUUACCUUUCCAAGGAGCAGAAGACCGAGCUGCUGCGUAUCUGCCCCUCUGACGAUGUAGAGUGUCUGCAGUACCACCUGAGAGCGGCCUACGGGCAUUCACCCUCUGCUGGACCUCUGCCUUCCUACGCUCACCUCGGCUGUGACCCCAAGAAUGACCCCACCUGCAAACCCAAACUGGUGCAGAAAGCCCCUUCUGGUCUCUACCUGCAGUACCCCAACUGUGAUCCACGGGAUCCCCGUUGUGCCUAUGCUGCCUCCCUUGUGGCGCCCCGUGCCCCUAACCCUCCUUCCCCUGCUGGCCCUGGAUCCUGCAACCCUCUUUUUGAAGAAGGCUGCAACCCUCUAACCGCCACCAAGUUUGCUACUCCCCCUGAGGCAUACAAAAACGAGGAAAAAGAGGAGGCUGCUGCCAUUCGUGCUGCCCCUCCUCCUGCUGAGCAGAACAACGACCCCUAUGCAAUGUUUAGGGAUGCUUAUGCUAAUGCUAAUGCUAACAGAGUUAUGGAUCCCUAUGCUAUGUACCGCCAGGCUAGCGCCCCAGCCUCUCCUCCGGCUAAUGACCCAUAUGCCAUCCUGCGCAGAUUCAUGUCCCAAGCCCACGGGAGUGACCCAUAUGCUCCCCGCAUGGAGGCUGCUCCAGAGUCUAACCCCAAUGAUCCUUUCUCUGCUAUUCGUGAGGCUGCGGCCGCCAUGCAUCGCCGUGGUCCUCCUACCCCGAGGCAGCAGUACCCUUUUUCCAAUCCCAAUUAUGAAGAGCCUCCACGUGAGGAGAGCCACCCUCUGGGCCCACCAGGUAAAACAAAGGAGGGCUACGACUGCUUCAUCGGCUACGAUCGUGAGUGCUACCCCGUGAAGCCCAACAAGCCACGUUCUGGAGUUCACCGCCGCAUUCCCUAUCCUGCCGAAGCCUACGAGCCCCACCUGAACGCUGACGGCACCCGAAAUGGAGUCAUGGAGCCUGAAAACCCACACUGUGACCCUGAACACGACCCAGACUGCCGCCUGCGUCGCUACGAGCCCGAGCAGACCCAUGCCGAGGCCCACCCUGAGCAAUACGGCCAGGAGGACCACAACCAGAGGGAAGCAGAGAGCAAGCAGCAUCAGGAGCAGGAGGAACAGGACCAGUAUGAGGCUGAGCCCUACCAGAGCGGCCAGGAGGAGCCUCACAUGCCCUACCAGCCACUCUCACAAGGUAUGCCCAGCCUCCAGGACAUACUGAGGCGCUAUGGAGACCACUACCCUGAGCAGGGUGAUCACAGAGCCUAUGCAGAUGAUUACCGCAAGAAAUAAACAAGUUAUAACCCACAUGCAUGCAGAUGGACAUGAAUACACAGUCCCGUGCGUUCUUGUAGCUUAGCCCUUGACCACCUCACCGCACGCAGUAUGUCCUACCUGGACCAGAUAUGGGACUUGAGAGAAGUCUAUGGACCCAAUGAGCGAGUACAUGCAUGUACAUCCACACAUAGCUUCCAGCUGUAGGAGCACGCUCAGAAAGCCGAGGGUGUUCCAGCAAUGUUUUCUUCUCUUUAGCUGCUUUAGACCUGUUGCUUUGGCCUAUUGCUUUCCAUCUUCCACCUCCUCAAACCACUCGAAUGUGUAAUGACUCCUCAAUGCUUUGCUUCUGUAUCUAUGCAUCUCACAUUUUUUACUUGUUUGUUGCUUGUGAUCAGUGAUGGAUUAUGUAAAGAUUUUUUUUUAUUUUGAAUGUUCUAAUAAAAAGCUCUAGAAAGCUG